CCCCGCUUCACUCCUCUCUCACCUCUUUCCUCUUUCCUGUUUUCACAUCCCCCGACAGAGGCUGUCUUUGCCUCCGUGACUUCUUCCGACCCCAACCCGACUAAUUUAUCUCGGUAUUAAUAUCUCCAGAGAAUGUGGAGUCGCUCCCCAUGCAUGGAUACUCACCGCACAGACUCCGACCACCGAGCACCCGGCAGCUUCUCCGCAGCAAGAUACCGCGAAUGCUUGCAGUUGCCACCCCUUGCUCGUGCUGAGUCCGUUUGAUAACCACACGAUAACACUCCGCGGGACUGCUUGAUUUUCCUAGCGCUCACGGGGACAACGGAGCCUGGAUGGCCUCCCACCAGUCCCAAGGGACGUCGAGCCCAUCCGCCUCGUCGGUCUUCCUCCCUCUCGGUCGCCGGGGCUCUCGAGCGUCUAUAUCGACACAGGCAGAACGCGAAAGUCUAAACGCAGCUCUCGACCAAAUACAUACCGCAGCCUACCAGUCGGACACCCUGACCGUUUUCAACGAAUUUACGAGUCCUCCCGCCCCGACCUCCGCAGCAGACGAAAAGACCCUCUCUGGCGAGCUCCAGGGGGGGCUAAGCGGGUUAUACAGUCGGUUUCGGACCUCCGUGGGUGGGAUGGUGAGCGGUGUUGGGAAAUCAUCGGAUAAAAGUGCUGUUGAAGACUCUGGCGUGAAAAGCCCUCCGUCAGAGCGUUCGUUUACCAAGUCCGCUCCCGAGGAACCUCAGCAGUACAACCCGAGCUCUUCUCAAGGGUCAAGGCUUCACUCGCCGGCACCGGGGAGCCAUCACUCCACCCAGGAUGGCCCCCAUCUAUCUGGACUGGGAAAAGGCUCGAAAGCUCCUUCAAAAAUAGCGAGCACAUCCUCCAAGGCUCUAGUCCUAUCGUCAUCUGCGUUGAAAUCUCCUACAGUGCCUUUACCAAAAGCUACGGGUAGCUCGAUGGCCGUAGACCCAACGGUAACCGAACUUCACGUGAAUGCUAUUAAAGAGCCUUCCCACAUCUCGAGUAAUAAUUCGGUCAAUCUCUCCUCCAACAGCUUGCAUACUGUGGACUCCGCUGGUACGGACAAGGAAGAGGGCCCUCAUCCUGGAUCUUUGAGUUCCUCGGGUUGGAGUCAGCGGCUUUCGAACUCUCCGAUUCUACAAGUCAAAACGCACAGCAGCACCUUCGAGAGGCCAGGAAGCCCAGACGUGAGCAGAUCAUCCACAAUAGGCAGCCAGGCGCCCGACAGUUUCAGGAGGUCAGAUUCGCAAGGGACUCAUGAGAUAGAAGCUGCUUUACCUGGACCGUUGCGAAAGGCUAAGCGUUCAAUUGACGGAGCGCAGGACGCCAUUUCGUUCCCUUCCGAGAGGCUGCGGUCAAACUCCGGCGCCUCUUUCAACCCAGAUAAGUCCAACGUCGCUUUGGGGUCUAGGACAAAUAGUGUUACCCAAUACAACAACAAUGAGGUAGCUCCAUUCAUGGAAGCACAGGCGCCUUCCACAGUUACUACACCUGUGCCCCUGACAGAUGGAGAGGCCCAGUUAAAAGAACUUUCAAAGGCUUCCGUGAGACACAAGGCCGGGGACAGACCCUCUAUCUCAAGCGGGAGCCGUUUGCCAGGGUACGUGGCGUCCCAGGCCUCAACAACAGAGUCGGCAUCAGGUCCACCAGGUUUGGCGCCUUUGAACACGGCUGUGGAGCGAGUUCCCAGCACAGACGGCAGAGGUUGGCGGCCUCAUGUUAGCGGUGAAGGUGUUAUGUCUCAGCUGAGAAGUAAGCUCCUCAGUAAGGAGUUUUGGAUGAGGGACGAGAAUGCCAAAGACUGCUUUCAUUGCGGAGAGCCUUUUUCUACCUUUCGACGGAAACAUCACUGCCGGACUUGUGGUCAGAUCUUUGAUUCCAAGUGCACACUCCUGAUCCCGGGUGACAGGUUUGGUCAGCCAAGUACCAUACGUGUGUGCAAGCCCUGUGAGGCUAUGAUUAAUGGCCACGAUGAUGAUUCCUCCGAAUUUUCUGAUAGCGAGCAGAGUCCCGUGGUAGUCAAUCCUAGGAUGUCUGAGUUUGGCUCUGGCUUUUAUCCACGCAUCCCCUCCGAAGAGGACGAUACAUCAUCCGUGGUAUCUCAGUCAAUAGAACAUGUGAUGAGGACACCUACAAUGGCAAUUCCAGCAACAAGACGCGCAGGGGAAGGUCACAACCGCCGCUCAGCUGUCCUUGAAAUCAGUCCAGAUAGGCCCUUAGCCAGACCGACUUCCUCACGAUCCUUGAAGUCGUCGCUAAGUGGAAGACCCCAUUCAAUGGGCCACAAGCGUCACCACUCUCGCCAACAGUAUAUUCGAAAUUUUAAGCCUUAUCAUGAUGACCGAGCACCUUUCCAACGUCGCAACGCAGAGGAUGCUGUCCACGAGACUCGGCUGCCUGCGUUCCACAAAGAUAAUAUCAUCGAUCCAGACCUGGCGCAGUAUCUCUCUGAUGACGCCUCUAGUGGUGAAGAGCAACCGAAUUUGAUGUCAGCCGUGUCAGAGGGCUCGUUGUCCAAAAGUGGCGGAGAAAGCGAAAGAACCACAUUCAGUGGUCUCCUCGCAGCCAUGAAGAAGGGCCGGUCGGCAUUUGGAGACAGGAGCAUUGCGGGUCUGAAUCCUCUAAGUCGCGACGCAGACGAUGGUAGCGUUAGUAGUUCGAGAGCAGUAAAUCUGCCUCGCCCUUCUCGCCGCCGCAAUCUGAGUGUUGCAAGCAGUGUCCACCAACGCCACUCCCCAAGAGCAUCGAAGGAUAGUGUCUUCAAUACGCAUGAGCCACCGUCCACUAUUCAUGUGUUCCCCACUACUGGAUUGCCUACAAGUGGAUUCAAGAUGACAAGGAGCUCGUCGAUGAGAGGUGCUGGCGCUCCGCCUGUUGAGCUGAACAAAGCUAGCCUGCAACACGUUCGCAAACUCUUGCGGCAGCUCUUGAAGGAUGCAUCUGUGCCCAAUGCUCCGAAGUGGGAGACUGCGCUUCUUCCGAUACUUCUGAAGGCUGCAGAUGAAGUCGUCCCCGAUGUUCAGGGAGGCGAUGACAUGGAUAUUCGUCACUAUAUCAAGCUGAAACGGAUAUUGGGUGGUCGACCGGGCGAUACCUCCUAUGUUUCUGGCUUGGUUUUCACGAAGAACCUUGCACUUAAAAGUAUGCCUAGGAGCAUAGCGCAACCCAAAAUUCUCAUAAUUGCAUUUCCUCUCGAAUAUGCGCGCCAUCAGCAGCACUUCAUGAGCUUGGAGCCUGUCAUCCGCCAAGAGCGUGAGUUUCUUGAAAACUUGGUCAGCAGAAUAGCCGCAUUACGACCUAAUUUGCUUCUAGUUGAGAAGAACGUGUCCGGUUUGGCUUUGGAAUUGUUGGAAAAGGCCAAUAUAGCCACAGCGUACAAUGUCAAGUCGUCUGUCCUUGAAGCCGUCUCCCGAUGCACUCAGACAAGAAUCAUCACGUCCAUGGAUAAAUUGGUGACAACUCCCGUACAUAGUGACUGUGGCAGCUUCGAUGUCAAGACCUACGUUUACAACGGUCGAAAGAAAACGUACAUGUACUUGUCAGGCUGCAGCAAAGCAUUGGGUUGUACAAUUGUUUUGCGAGGGGGUGACAGCAAUGUGCUCGCGAAGGUCAAGAGAAUCACCGAGUUUAUGGCAUAUGUUGUCUACAAUCUCAAGCUCGAGACCUGCUUGAUGAGAGACGAGUUCGCGCAGAUGCCGACCUUGUCCGAAGCCGAAAUUGAAAGGAAACACAAUCCAGAGCAAGAUACUGCUUCCACCAAGGACACGUCAACGGUCACGGGUGAUGUUAGCGAAGUGCCUGACGAUGUUCCCAUGCCCACAUAUUAUGAAGAGAUUGUGCGAGACCACGAAACGAAAGUUUUAUCCGCCUCGCCGUUCGUGAAAUUCGAGCCUCCUUACCUUCUUAUGCGUGCUAGAGAGAUGGAACGUAGAUUGGCGUAUCUCAAGCGCCUACGAGACCAGGAUCUUGACCUGGAACAAGUUUUGGACGAGAAAGCCAAACUCCAGAAGUUCAUCCUGGUAACUCCAGAAAUGGUUCACGAGUCCCCUCAAGGCGCCCCGCCCAAAGUCAAGGAGGUUUUGCGCGCAGCGCAUGAUGCCGAAUAUGAUAGAGCGCUCCACCACUAUCAAACACAAAAGCGGCAGUGGGAAGCUUAUGUCGCUGGAAGCGUCGGACUUUUUGAUCCGUACGCCCAUCAAAACAUCGUCGUUCUAUUCAGUCUUGUCUGCACUACAACAUCGAUUCCUUGCUCUGGUCCAGAUCUCCUUGCCCUGGAGUACUACAACGAACAUGGCGGUGACUCAAUAUUCGAGCCGGAUUGCACACUGGGCCAGUAUGUCGAGGACAUUUGUAUACAUGCGAAUGCAGUGUGUACCGCGAAUGGCUGCGAGAAGCGGAUAUUUGAGCAUCACCGUCAAUACGUUCACGGCGAAGCGCAGUUGAGCGUUUUUACUCAACCCUAUCCCUCUAAACUUCGAGGUCUCCAGGAUACAAUUUUGAUGUGGAGCUGUUGCAAGAUCUGCGGUAACGAAACCCAGGUCUUCCCCAUGUCCGAGAGCACCUGGAAAUAUUCCUUUGGGAAGUACUUGGAGCUUUCAUUCUGGAGCAAGAACCUGCACGCCCGGGCAGGCGUCUGCCCUCAUGAUCUACAGCGCGAUCACCUCCGCUUUUUUGGCUUCAAGGACGUUGCCAUAAGAAUACAUUACGACAGUGUCAACCUACUCGAAAUUAUUGUCCCCAGAACCCGGGUUACAUGGAAGGUGGACAAUGACCUGAAGCUCAGAAACGAAGUCUACCAGAGAAUGGAGCACCGCCUUAACAGGUUCAUGACCUCAGUUAAAGCACGAUUGAAGGGAAUCAGUGUCGAGAGCGUUAUCCCAAAGCUGGCGGAGGAUUGCAAAAAGGAAAUCGAGUUUCUGGGUAAAAAGGCCAACGAGGAUCAUACCGCCUUGAUCAAACAACUGCAAGACAAAUAUACCAAUUCGCGCUAUUGGGAAGUGAUUCCUCUGAACGAAGUGAUACGCUCCGUUCAGGAGAAAGUCGUCGAAUGGGAUACUGCCUUUGCCGAAUUCGAAAAGAAUUUCUUCCCUUCGGAGAAGGAUAUUAGGCGACUGGCGACUCUGCAACUCAAAAAGAUCUUCCUGGACAGGGAUGCGUCCGUAACUUCUUUGACAUCACCUGAAGAGCCUCCGAGCACGCCGACCGAAACAGAAAAUGAGAACGUCGAAGAUUCAGAACGCAUCCGGGCAGCACGCCGCAUGACGCUGUCGCCAGAAAAGGCCCAGGACGUCCUCGUGUCGGUUGUCGAAGAACACUCUGGAAACAAGAAUGCUGCUGUGACCCAGGGGGGUGAAUUUGCCAAAGCUGAGGAUGCUGGAUCGGUGGCCCUUUCAUCCAGUUCGGGAAGCUCACAAUUUUCUCCUCGUCAGGAUGAGGUUGCGGCGGAGAAAGAGGUUCAGCACCUUGACUUAGCUGCCCCCUUGAGUCGCUCUGAACAGCCGGUUUUGGUACCGCCUGUUCUAAGCCCAGCGGACACCAUAGAGACCCAGCCACCUCUGAUUGCGCCUACUGAGUCCGAAGCGAACUUGGCAGAGGCUUCCGAGGAAGCAUCAGUUCACAAGAGAAAGAAAAGCGAUGAAUCCCAAAGAAUCACCACGCCAACUCGCCUACCAUCGGGUAUCCCACGACCAGCCGAAGGAACAUACCGACGAAGUGGAAAGUCGACAUCUCCACCGUUAUUCCGUGCCCAGACGCAACCUGUUAAUUCCCAGAGAGAAAUUGGCAAUGACGGUACCCCUGCAAAGGGCAUGAAGAUUGCAUUUGGUCGAUUGACUCCGUCGGAGGGAGCUGCCAGUCCUCCUCUGGACUCCAAGUUCAAGACUUCGGACAAGAAAAUCACGGAUCGCUUCGGUCUCACCGCUUUCAGAAAUGGAAGAAUGGCACCAGGUCCAUCCUUUAUUCCCCGCUCGAUUCCUUCGAAAAAGACCACACGUGUAUCUUAUUUGGCCAAGCAUUUUGAGCAGCUGAGCCGAGAGUUUGAGAAGGAACGUCAGCGAGAAAGAGCGCGACGAGCUGCUAAGGGCACCCACUCACGCGCAAUUCCCAUCGCCUCUUCGAAACCAAUCGUAGAGGUGUACAAGAAUGUCAGGGAGGCAGUGGAGGAGCGCGAACCUUCAGGGGAAGGGGAAGAUUUCAUACCAUCGGCAUCACGCAUUCCACUAGACCAGUCCAGCAGAACGAGCGAAGAACUGCCGAGAAGGGGCUCGGAGGAGGAGAAUCGGCAAGACAUCAUUUUGGACGACCCAACUACCCCUAAGGCAGAAAAGGAGAACCUUAUCCCGGAGGAUGAUCACAUCCUUUCUGAGCAUGAAGCGGAGGAUGGACACAGCGAUGAGGAUCGAGCCUCAAUGGAUGGACUUCAAAGAACUGAUUCGAAUGAGGAAAUGAAAAUGUCCCCGGAGGACGAGUCGAUGGACCUCAAGGAGUUCCCCAAGCAUGAGAGGAGUACGCUACUCAAGAUGUUGACCAACUUCUGGUCUGAGCGCUCUGCCAGUGGAUGGGCUCCUCUCGACUACCCACUUACCAUGUCCGAUCACGUUUUUGCGGAUUGUGAUAUAAUAGUGCGCGAGGAUGAGCCAAGCUCCUUGAUUGCGUUUGCAUUGGGUUCAGCCGACUAUAAAGAGAAGCUAGAAGCCAUCCAAAGGCGCUAUGAGGAGCCAGAUGAGAAACCCGCAGACUCCGAGGAUAGCGCCGAUGUGAUGUAUGAAACUCGGGUCGAGCAUGCGCUUCUCCGGUCUACCGGCACGCAUCUCAAGUAUCAAUUCCAGGAGGGUCAGGCCAAAAUGCUCUGCAAGGUUUUCUAUGCCGAGCAGUUUGACGCCCUGAGGAAGAAGUGCGGAGUUGCAGAGCGGAUUGUCGAGUCACUGUCCCGAUGCGCCAAAUGGGAUUCCAAGGGAGGCAAGACAAAGUCUUUGUUCUUGAAAACUCUCGACGAUCGCUUCAUCCUCAAGUCGCUUUCGCCCAUCGAAACCCAGGCCUUCUUGAAGUUUGCCCCGGCAUAUUUCCAAAUCAUGUCCGAGGCGCUGUUCCACGAGCUACCGUCUGCGAUAGCGAAGAUGUUCGGCUUCUACCAGGUGAUUAUCAAGAAUCCAGCCACCGGCACGGAGUUUAACUGGUUCCUCCUGCUUAUGGAGAACUUGUUCUACGACCGUGUCCCCACGCGGAUCUUCGACCUCAAGGGGUCGAUGAGGAACCGCAAAGUGCAGAGCACCGGCGAACGCAAUGAGGUUCUCCUGGACGAGAACAUGGUGGAUUUCAUCUACGAAACACCGUUGUUCGCCCGGGAGCACUCGAAGAAGCUACUGAGCCAGAGUGUCUGGAACGACACGCUGUUCCUUGGCCGUCAGAAUGUGAUGGACUACUCAUUGAUGAUAGCCAUCGACGAGAGUCGAUCGGAGCUGGUGGUCGGGGUGAUCGAUUGCAUUCGCACAUACACGUGGGACAAGAAGUUGGAGUCAUGGAUCAAGGACCGUGGGUUCGCCGGCGGCGGCAAGAACAGGCCUACGGUCACCAGUCCGAAGGAGUACAAGAGUCGAUUCCGAGAGGCGAUGGCCCGAUACGUGCUGCAGGCACCAAGGUAUGUGUAUCGAUAUGCCCCCGUGGAACACUACCCAAGCCAGGAUUAUUCGGUGGACGGCGAUGCCUUGGAGGAAAUUGUGAGCUGA